CGACACCCUUGGGACCAAGGGAGCUGUUCACUCUUAGACCCUGCUUUGUCGCUGCCUAACAGACCAUCUGGACGACGUUUGCCAAUAUGGACGCAGAGCGCCCUCACCACUCAAUUACUCUGCCACGCAGCUUUCAAUUCCACUAUGAAGAGAACCCAAAGACUCCCGAACCCCAGGCACCUGAAGAAGACCUCCAGCCACCACCACCACCUCCUCCUCCUCCUCGAGCCACUCUGAAGGUGCGCCGGCGUCGCACUACUGCGGCCGCUCCCAUCAACUAUGGCCUGGACGAGCCCAUCGAUGACCUACCCAUCCCGACGAUAGAAGCGCCAGAGCUUCAACCCCACGUACACUUGGCACCUCCCACCUUGAAUAACCACCCCGGUGGGAGAUUCCUGUCGCCGCCCGUUACCCUUCCGCGCAUGCUCUCUCCUCCCAAGACACCUGUGUCCCAGGUAAGAAUCGUUGGUGAUUGUGACGACGGUCAGACUUGGUCGACCGUGAACAAGCCCACCGCGCAGAGCGAGACAUCAAGCAGGCCCGCGUCCUCUUCUGGUUUUUCAGAUUCGUCCAUAUCGUCCAGGGGCAGUGUUGCAUCCUUCCCUUCGCUUGGGGGCUCGUGUACUUCACCUGAGGAUGACAGGCAUAGCCCGUUUCCUUUGUUCUCAGAAGUGAAGUACUCGCGCGCCGUGUCAUCACCACUUAUCCCUCAACGACCCAGCCAACCGGCCAGUAUCCCAAGGAUGAAGAUCAAAGUACGAACCGUCUUCACCGAGGAAAUGGACCGCCACCUAUGGAUGACUUAUAUGACGUAUCUUCAGGACCCUACCGUCACCCCUUUCAAGGCUCUUCCCAGCACUGUACCGCCAAACGGAGCUUGCCAUCGUGUCGCAAGGAUGGCUCGCAAGACAUGGAAAGGCCCGCGCACCUCCUCUGCCCUUGCCCUAGGUCGCUCUACGUCCAAGUUCGCUUCUCGUUGCGGUACGCCCGAUACCAUCAGGCCCGUGAAGAGCGGUAGCAGCACGCCUGUUCCCAUCUCCGGCAAGACAUAUAUGCGCUUCCCCUCGGAAAAGCAGUGUCGUAAGCGAUUGCGGUACCUGGCUAAGCAUCGGCCCUCUUUAUCCGCCCAUUAUCAACGUCUCGUGGACAACCGGUCGCCGUCACCAUUUGAGUCGUCUCCCCGCGAGCGGGAAUCUUCGCCCCCUCGCAGACUCUCGUCUCCGUUCGUUGAAGAAGCCCCAAGCUUUUCAAUCCGAGACAUGAACGUUUCAUUGACGACGAGCACAGCCCCUUCUAUGCAAUACGGAAACCCUUUGUCCCAGCUUGCAAGCGACGCUACGCCACGGGCUCCUAAGAAUGAUUGGUCUCACGCUCGUGCUUCCGCUCAUCAGAAGUCCCAAUCCCUACACAUUGGCCUUGGGCUAGGGAUUGGCAGCAUGCUCGGCUCAUCCUUCUCCCAAAUGUCUGAAAUGACCGACAUGAGCAUCUCCCAGCACAAUGCCCAGACCUGGCACGCGCCGUCCGGUCAUGCCCCUCGGCUGGGCUCACCUUUGCAGUUGCACGCUCCUCGCCCCAUCUCUCGACCCUUCAGGCGUCGUGCCUUGCACAACUUUGAGGAGCAGGUUCGCAACCGAGGGGAUAGCUUUGUUGAGCAACUGUUUGGCGCGCCCGCAGAGUCUAGCCAUCGUCGCGUGCGAAGCCGUGGCUUCAGCUUGGGCGAUAUGGUCGAAGGGUCUCGUAGACCUCCUCUCUCUACCAGUGGGCCACCCGAGUUCAACCCUUUUGCCAAUCUCGCCGACGUUAUGCCUGGCCAACAACAUCCCUCUACCGAAUCCCAGCUCGCUGAAGGUCAAGCCACGAUACGGCUAGGGUCGCCGUUCAAUGCGAAGCCCAGCAAUACCUUCCCUCGUGCCUCUAUACUCCACGGGUUCGAGCCGCCGGCCUCUUUCGAGCAACGCUUCGCCGGUCUGCCUGCCACGCCUGAUCGUUCCGAUCGCUCGUAGGCGGAGCCCUACGACCUUAUGACCUGUAUUUGUGCAUAGGUGUUCGGUUCAGCAUCUCCACCGGCGUUACCAGCGACACUGCUUGCGGCUGCGAUGUUCAUAUCCACUGUAUGGAUCUUUUGGCGAC